AUGCCUCCAAUUAUUCAUUGCGUCCGCCACGCCCAGGGCCUUCACAAUCUUUGUACUGCAAACCAUGUCAUCCAAGACCCUCUCCUUACCGAUCUUGGUCACGAGCAAUGCCUCCAACUCCGCGAGAACUUCCCCCGCCACGCCAACAUCGACCUAGUAACCGCCUCCCCGCUCCGUCGCACUCUCUACACCGCACUGGAGAGUUUCGCGCCCGUUUUAGAGUCAAAGCCGCAUCUGCAGGUCAUUGCGCUUCCGGAUAUCCAGGAGACAUCGGAUGUUGCAUGUGAUACUGGCAGCGACCCUUCCGUGCUGAAGGAGGAGUUCAAGACGGGAGUGGAUCUAAGUCUUGUGCAAGAGGGAUGGAACAACAAGCAAACCGGUCGAUACGCACCAACCAACCAAGCCAUCAAGCAGCGCGCUAGGGCAGCACGUCGUUGGUUGAAGGCCCGCCCCGAGAAGGAAAUUGUUUUGGUUACGCAUGGUGGAUUCUUACACUAUUUCACUGAAGAUUGGGAAGACAGCAGCCAGUUCCAGGGAACCGGCUGGUCAAACACUGAAUACCGCACUUUCACAUUCACCGAAGAAACACACACCGAGGAUUUGGAGGGAUACCAGCUGGAUGGUGAUAAUGCCUCGCUCGAGGAGACCGUUGAGUCGCGGCAGCGUCGGGGUAAGACUGGACCUACGUACAGUCGGGAGGAACAGAAGACGCUGUACAAGAAGGGCACCCAGGGUUGGGAUGACCAGGGCUUGCAGAUGAGCACUGCCGAGCGUGAGGCAGCCAAAGUUAGCGACGGUAAGGAAGUCAACGGUGUUCGUGUAUAA